AUGAAUAAGACAAGGGCUGUUAAUGAUGGUUUUCCUUUCCUGAGCAGUAAGAACUGGAGCUCAAACCGAAGCUUCCCUGUGCACAUUUCUAAUCAGUGCAGGAAUGUCACUGACCUUACUGUCUUUCUGGCCACCUCUUACAGCUUGGAGACUGUCCUAGGCAUUGUGGGAAACAUCUGUCUGAUUGCUGUCAUUGCCAGGCAGAAAGAAAAAGCCAGUGUCACCAACAUCCUAAUUUCCAACUUGAUAAUUUCAGACUUGUUUAUGUGUCUUGUCUGUCUGCCUUUCACCAUUGUUUACACCAUGAUGGACUACUGGAUAUUUGGGGAAGUCAUGUGCAAAAUGACCUCUUUCACUCAGUGCACAUCUGUGACAGUGUCAAUUCUUUCCCUUGUCCUUAUUGCUCUGGAAAGACACCAGCUCAUCACAAACCCGACUGGCUGGAGGCCAGGUAUCUCCCAAGCCUAUCUAGGAAUUGGAGUAAUUUGGACUUUAGCAUGUCUCAUGUCCCUGCCGUUUUUGACCACAUCCAUCUUGUCUAAUGAUUUAUAUGAGCAGCUCUCGCACAUCAUGAAUUUUUCCACUGACAAGGUCAUAUGCAUCGACUCAUGGCCUUCUGAACAACACAGACUUUUUUACACUACCACUUUACUGCUCUUGCAGUAUUGUAUCCCGCUUUUCUUCAUUAUACUUUGCUACUUGCGUAUCUACUUACGUCUACAAAAGAGAAAGAACAUGUUUGAGAAGAGUGAAUACAACAACCGAGCAGCUCAGCUGAGAAGGAUAAAUAUCUUGUUAGCAUCCAUGGUUGCUGCUUUUGCUGUUUGCUGGCUACCAUUGCAUGUUUUCAACACCAUUGUGGACUGGAAUUACAAAAUCAUUUCUCCUUGCCACCACAAUCUGAUCUUCUCAUUGUGCCAUCUUGUAGCUAUGGCUUCUACCUGUGUCAACCCUGUUAUCUAUGGUUUCCUAAAUAGCAACUUUAAAAAAGAAGUCAAGUCACUGAUUCUGAGCUGCCAGCAUAAUUCAGUGAAUGCAUCAAUAGAAGAAUAUGAUCAUUUGCCUUUAUCCACCAUGCAGACUGAAAUCUCUAAGGGCUCACUGAUGUUGAACUGCAGACACAAUUCUAUCUAG